CGUGCCACUGAUGGUUGGGCCCAGUGCCAAAAAAAGGAAUAAAAAUCGUGUCCUGACAUGUUUCAACUGCUUACAUAUUCACUAUUUUGAUUGGGCACCAUUCUAUUGGCUGUUGCCUUUGUACAACGUGGACCCAUAUUUAGCCAUGAUGCUCCCAUGUAUGGCCAAGGGUUGACAUCAUCUCAAAUUCUUUUUUAUGUUGUUGCCGAAAGCUGCGGCCCAUGUCCCAAACAAAGAACUCACAACUUUUUUCCGCGAGAAAUUAGUUGGAGAGAGGACAAGUGGACGGACAGGUGGAAACGCGUGCUCUGUCAGCUAUUCAUGUUCAAACCAAUGCGCCUUUCUCUUCGUCACUGGAAUCAACAAAAUUCCUUCAUCUCGUGCAUUCCGCUUCGAAUGCAGAUCGCAUUUUGGAUUUCGGGGAAUUCGAGAGAGACUGCAUCGCUCUUGAACAACUCUGCAGUUAUUUGUGUGACUUUACACCGCGCUGUUGUAACAAAAAUAUUAAAUACAAAGUUAGUUGCCGUGAAGUUUGGACGUUGGGUGUGCGCCAUCUUCCGUGCUGUUUGACAGUUACGAAGUAGACAUUGCGUGGGCGGAUGACCACAUCACUAAAGCUCCGCAUCGGAAACACACUGCUGUAUUAUGAGUGAGCUGGAGAUCCGAGUGCGGACGCGACUACGCAAACGGACAGACAUCGGCCAGAUACUUCCUGAGUCCUAUCAGUCAGCUUGGACUGACCAAACCUGCCUUGACCACAGUGACCAACCUUUGAGGUAUUGUAAUCCAGUCUACAAACACAGAGUCACCAUAGAGCUGGAUCCAGAGACCUUACAGAUGAUGCAGAAGGAGAAUGUGGAGGAUGCUUGCAUUGAUGUGGAGAUUUCAGAUGAUGAGGUGAUGAUGAUGGAUGAUGUAGAAGAAUCUGACACAUUUGAAGGAUUUGAAUCCUCACCGUUGAGUGUUCCAUCUCAGACUGAUUCCCCAAACAAUGCCACCUCAUCACCCAUCAACAUCCCAGGCAACUCGGGACAGGAAGGCCCAAGAACACGACGGGUCAGUUCAGGAGGAACGCCUACCCAUACCUUGAGCUACCUCGGGCGGAUGUUCCCUGGAGCACACUGUGACUCCUCCCCCUUAUCAUCUGGCUAUGGCUCCGCCCCUAGAUACUUCUAUUCUGCCGCCACUCAGACUCCCCCAUCAACUCCGGUCUUCUGCGAGACGUUAAUUCGUUUACGAAUCUCAAGUCUAUCAAGUAACCCAAGCGACGGAAGAAACCAACAAGUGAUGAGAAGACGGAUGCAAGCAGAUAGAAGAUCACGCGGCCGUGUCUACUCAGAGAAUAAUGGAGAUGAUCCGAGAGCAGAUGAUGGGGAGGAAGGCAACAUAGAGAACAUGGAGGGUGUCUUGGGGAUGCCACUACCUGACCUGGUCGCCUUCCGAGAUCGAGCCAACUCAGCUCCUAGUAACCUGAUGAGACCAGAGAUCAGAGUAGGGAGACAGCUGCGAAGGAUCAGUGAUGAAUUCCACCUGACGUAUUAUGACCAACAGAGGCUGCGUGCCCGACACCAGCAGAACAUUCUACAGAGACUCUUGAACUCUCUCCGAGGCAACCCCCAUCAUGGCCACAGAGAGGGUAGCCCAGUCUGAUGACCAACUAAGCAUGAACUACCAGCUAACAUGGAGUCGUCAUGUGAUAACCACUUAAAAUGCUGCAUCAUGGGAUUCCAGAACAGUGCAUUGUGGGAAUUCCACAACUUUGCCAAUGAGAGCAUUCUAAAGCCUGCUUGGGGACAGGACGCGUGAUCUAUUUAUAGAAUGCUGCUGCAUUGUGGGAUAGAAAUGCCUAAAAGUGAAAGGACCGACUACGAGUUAUUCAAAGUGCGUUGGGGGCAUUUCCCUUUAAAAGUGUGUGUACUUGGAUCGACAGACUACGAGACCUUACAACAUGGACAUAACUAGUCUACGAAAUGACCCAUCAGUUAAAGGACGUAUUACGCAACCAAGACUUGCAAUGUUUGUGAGAAGACUGUGACUUCUAUUUAUAAAAUUUGCUGCUGCGUAAAAGGGAUCAACUGCUGUUGGAACAAUGGACUCAUUGCAAACUAAGGACAGCAUUCAGAGAAGGAAACUAGAAGGAUUUGUUCAUCUUUAACCAUCGUGGGGACUGCAAUAAGCGCAUCGUGUGCUAAACAGGCUUGGGAUUACCUAGAUUGAACCUAAAACAGAAGAAAGAUGUCUGUGAAUGUGCAACGUCCUCAAAACUGUCACCGUUAGUCUCGUCAUAAUGUAGAUCAACUGAAGAAACUCUGCAGCAGUCAGCAUUGACUUGUGUACAAAAUAAACAAGACUUUUAAGUUGAUUUUCCGCUGUAUAUGAAACCUGUCAAGAUGACUUAUUGUCCAACCCUAAUGUAGGCGACUAUUGAAGUCUGGUAGUUGGAUGCAUAGGUUUUCUAUUCUUACACUCGGAUGUUGUGAAUGAGUUUAUGAUGCCACCUGCUGUAUCUCUACCAUACUUUAUGAGUCACAUACAGAUAUUUGUAUUAUGAUAAACUUAACAGACUUAAAGAUUGCUUCUAUGUAUAAUGUCUGUAUAUUGCUACCAUACAUCAGCUCAAUGCUCUUAGAACCUCUUAGCUUAUGCUCAUAUUGAACCCCCCAACUCUACUCCUCCUUCCUGCCCCCCCCCCCCAAGCAUAAACGGAUGCUACCUCGACUUUUGUAAAGUGUAAAUUAAAGAUACUUGCUAUUCUCACUGGAGCAGUGUACCCAGUGCCUAUACAGUAUUUAUGUGCUGAUAUUUAUGUGGCAGCUACCAUGAUGCAAGUGCCAGUUGUUCUGAUGGGCAUUUUGUUAAUUCUGAACCUAGGGUACGUUUAAUUAUAAAACAACAUAGCAUUACAUGCUGGUUGUACGGUGGACCUUUUCAAGAUGUUAUCAUCAUUUGUGUGGUUACAACAUGUUUCAAAGCAAGUCUUGAGGUUAUCCCAAACAGAUUGUAGUUAUCAAAUGUGCAAGUGCAUUCUGGGCGUAACCCACCUUAAUAUUAAUAAACAUUGUCUCACGUUCUGUCCUAUUUCCAGCAUCCAGUUGCCAAGGAGACCUGUUUUAUCAACUAAUUAUGGAAAGAAAGAAAAAAAAAGAUAAAAAAUGAAUUGUUUGACUAGGGAUCAAUCUGAUUGAUUUCAAAUUAAACUCAUUGAAAAUGAAAGAAGAACUUAAAAACCAAAGAUAAACACUUCAAUACUCUUUUGGCCAAAAUAAAUGUUUGAAACCAUUUUUUUAACCUCAGAAACAUGCAAAGCAAAAGAGUUCUACGAUAGAUGUUUUGAGCCCAAUAGUUGCUAUAUGUGUAUAAAUUAAAAUAUGUAGUUUAAGUUAUACAGUUUUGGAAACAUGACUUUGUAUUUAUUUUGUACUUAAUUUUAGCUGAAGUUAUGUGUAAUGUACUGUUUGUUCAUAACCUACAGAAACGUUUCAGUCUUUGACUUGCUGGGGCAACAUUUGAUAGUACUGAGACCACAACUAAUAAGAACACAGCCCUACUCUCUAGUACUCUGAAUUGUACCCCUUUUACGGACUGUCUGUUUCCAACAUUCUUAAAAAUAAGUUCAAGAAUAGAUGCUUUUGACUGCAAUGAGUUGACAAACUUGAUGUGCUGUUUGUACUAAUGCUGACUUGACAAAAUGAUCCGGUAUGAGAUAAUUCCAGCAAAUCUUCCCGGCAGACUGAGAUUAGUGUAUUGAACAAUGAAGUGUUUAGAUGCCAGUUUCCUGUGCCAGUUUGAUCGUGGAAGUAUGAGUUUAGUACUGUGUUGAUGGAAUUGGUGGAAUGAUUAUGAUUGAUAUAAAUAACCAGAAAAUUGCAUAAAAUGACUAAUAAUGGAAUCUGCUCUUGACAAUAAUCUCACUCUAUAAUAUUUCCAGAGAGUGAAAGUUCAAUCUGGAAUCUGGUUCAGUUUCUACUGGAAGUAGAAAGCAGAUGAUUUAGAGUAAAAAAAAAUAAACUAAUAAUAAAUUGAAAGAGUUAAAAACAAAACCAGAAGACUUUUUCUAGUGGAAACAGAAUUGAUUUGAUUGAGUAAAUUGUACUCUAGUUUCAGAUAAAGUGAAUUUUAUCACUCUUCGGGAAUGAGAUGGCACAUACUUUUCUGACUAUUCACAGACAGUUUUGAUAAAAGCACUUUUUCUAAUAUUCCUAGGGCAGUCUUUUAGUAGAAGAACCUUGUCAUGAAUAUUGAAACCUUGUUUUCCCAAGGUUCUACUGAGGCCGUCCUCUGAUUGGCUAAUUACACUGUAUGGGCGUGGCCAAGUUGGAAAUAUUUCUACAAAAGCCGUCCUUUGAUUGGAUACUUGUCAGCUAUUUAUGGGGUUAUUUUGUAGAAUUUAAUCAUCGGUGAUGUAAGGGAAAUGUUACUAUUUUGUGAGGUAACUGUAUCUGAGCGAGCUGUAGUUGUGAUAAUGGCCGCAAUGUGGUUCUAUCUUUGUAAAUCAUCUUAGCUUCAAUUAUCAGGAAUCUUUGAGCCAAUAGCUACCAUGCAAGUUAUUGUUACUUCACUGUGGAAGCCUACUAGCCUGCAGAGGCAGAUUUCUGUACUAAGAGUUUUAGUUGUUGAAAAAGAAAGGUUUUGUGAAAUGUUAGCAAAGUUUAUCAGAAGAGAAUGAAAAGACGAAAGUGCAAAGUGUAUAUUUAUUUAAUUUAUUACUUUUGUGAAUUUAUUUAUAUAUUUUGUUUUACUUGAAUUUUUGAAUGUUUUAGAAUAAGCUAAAAGGAAAUUGUCAUGGUGCUAUUAUGGUGUUAAAUGAACUCUGCUGAGCCUCUGAGAAUGAUUAAUUUAAAAAGUUUUUUUUUACGCACCUUGGAACAUUUCCACACAGUAUGUGUAGUGACAUUCCAAAAUCAUUAAUCCAUUGUAAGCCAUUUUUACCAUUCAUAAUGAUCCUUUCCUCUUACGAACAUAUUUAAGAUUCCUUCAUUGUUUAGACAAUCCUUUGUGCGGUUUGUGACAGUGAGUUUGGCUUAAAGAUCAGUGUUUGGACAAAAUGGUUCUAAGUAAGUUGACGAUAGAAGGCCAAGUAGACAGGGUGAAUAGAUGGUCAACAUUCCUCCAUGGAUUGGUGCUGCUGAUUCGCCGUGCUGUUUUUCUUCAAGACAAACAAUUAACUGGAAAACCAAACUAUGACUCGAUGACAGUUUGUUUUUACGUGAUGGAAAGGAUGGUUGUACCUAAGACAUAACACCAUUCCAGUAUUUGAGAUUGGAAACAUUUGAAUAUUUCUACCAAAUUAAAUGAAGUGACCUUUUUUGCACUUGAUUUUGUAUACACCUUUUUGGCAAAGUUUUGAAGGCAUUUUGAUACUGCGAAAGUCGAGUAACGUGUUAAUUGUUUGAAUGUUUGAUAAAUGCUUGUUCAGUUUGUUUUGACGUCAGACAGAUAUACGAUGGAAGAUGCUACAUGUUACUGUUGCUUAUAUAUAUAUUUGAAGAUGGCUCAUGUCUCUCAGCUGUACUCUUAACAGAAAUGUUAUUUCUCUGAAAUUUUCACAUUUUUGGAGCAAAUUUAAACCAGCAUUUGCAAUCAUCUGAUUGCUAAAAUGCGUCUAGAUUGCCAAACAAAAAUGUAAUGUAUGCGCUGUUGUUCAUGUACAUAGCUUUAAGAGAGUAGAUUAACAAUUUAUAUGCAUUACUUGUAAGUAACUUAUUUAAUUUAAAAUAAAAAGAAGCAUUGCAAAAAAACUGUAACUUCGAUACUGUUAAAAAAAUCACGAAGAUUUAGGAGUCAUGAAUAAUUCUUACUUCAGUUUACCGUAAACAAUUAGAAAUGAAGCAAGCCUACAGCUCCCUAGAAAAUGUCCUGAUAACAAAUCUUGUCUUUCAAAGUUCAGGAAACAAGAUUAGUAAAGUUUAUUUUUUAUUCUGAAUUUUCCCGAUAAAACAAAGAAUCCAGAUUAUCAUUCCUUCUUCCUUCGUUGUACUUGUUAAUAUUUAAUAUAUACAGGAUCAAUCGAUUGAAACCUUGAAAAAGAAUAUAAAAAGCUUUUCCUUUGUCUGAAUGAUCAAUGAAAUCGUCUCCUAAUAAGGCAUGACAACCAGUCAGUUGUAAAUGUUAGAUUUGUCUAAAAAGGGUUUGUUUUGGGAUCUUUUGUGUGGUGUUUAGUCGGCGUAGCGUUACGAUAAUCGGCGGCGAUCUGCGAUCAUUUGUGCUUCCACUUUGUUGUAAAGGGCUGGUUCUGUAGAAAUUGCAGAAAUAUCAUUUUUGACGAGGUCAUGUACUGAUAAGAAAAAGACAAAUUUGCAAUGGUGAUGUAGCCAAUUUCUGAUUCGACUGGUUGAUAACCUAGUAUGGAAUUACCUUAUGAUAUUAUGUGAUUGUUUACGAACUUCAAUUUUUUUGCCCGAUACACAGUUUUCUUGCAAUUCUUUUCACAGCUUAAAGGAAUAUCCAAAACGCAUUUUAUUCAGAAAUGUUAUAUUGUGCGUAGAAGUACGCGCAUAGCGGAAUGGUUAAGUAUUUAUUAUGCCAUUGUUCAUUUUUUUGGUCGACAACUCUGCGUAAGCCGUUUUGCAGACAGCAAGUGCAAUCCUGGUAAACGACACUCAAUAUUUAUUAUUCCUGAUACCAUUUUGCUUCAAUAUUUAUUAUUUAUUACACUAAGGCCAACUUGUCGAUGGAAGUUGCAACUUGCUUUUGUUCUUGGGACAUUUGGAUUGCCAGGUUAUAUUAUUUGUUUCCUUUGGCAAAGAGAGAUGAAUUUGUUUUCAUGAUCAGAAGAAUGGUGAAUCAGAAGAAUUUGCGAAUGUUAAAUUUGUAAUGAAAUCUGUACAGUUAUAAUCAAGAACCGUUGAUCAUUUGUUUAAAAAAACUAGGAAAAAUAAAGAGUUACAAUUGUCGGCUUUUGUAAUGCAUUUUUGUAAGGAUUAAAGCACUCGUACUGUAAAUUGACUGUACAUAAUGUUUAAUUAUUCGCAAUAUUUCAUCAUUGAAUUAAAGACAAAAUUAAUUGAUAAACUUAAA